GUGCAUGCGGUGAUGGGUCAGCGAUGGCCAUGGCCACCGACUGUGCAGACCAAGGAAUAUCACUCAUUCUUGUAGAGGAGUUAUGCGGGCGGUGGUGAGGGUUCGGGUGACGGUUGUAGGCCGCAGGAGGUUUCCCUGCCUCAGGACUUUGCUUCUUCUGAUACCGCUCUUCUUCCUCUGCCUCCAGCUCCAUGUCUCCAGUCUCUCCAGCCCGAGGGACGUCUCCACUCAGGAGUCAGCCAACGACUCGGCUCUCAUCCUCAGCAUGGUUCCCCAGGUGCUCCACAAAUUCCUGACAGCGAGACCAAAGAAUGCUAGCAGUAUGUACAACGGUACCAUUGGUAAUGACAGUUGGGAAGGACGUGGUUUGAUGACAGAAGAAAUCCUAAGAAACAUACAUAGGUACAAUGCGGCACAAACUAUCAUCAAUGAAGAUAUUUUUGGUCCGGUUCAAAAUGACACUAUAAUUAUUGUUAUCCAGGUUCAUACAAGGAUAGUUUAUUUACGGCACCUCAUUGUUAGCCUAGCUCAAGCUCAGGGUAUCGAGACAACUUUGAUAGUCUUCUCCCAUGAUUUUUACGAUCCAGAAGCGAACGAGCUUGUCCAGAGCGUAGACUUUGCCAGGGUCAUGCAAAUAUUUUAUCCUCUCUCUAUUCAAACACAUCCAGAUACAUUUCCUGGACAAUCUAAAGGAGACUGUCCAAGAGAUAUCAAUUAUCAGCAGGCUCAAAUAUUAAAGUGUACAAAUGCUGACCAUCCAGAUCUCUACGGCCAUUAUAGAGAGGCUAAAUUCACUCAAACAAAACAUCACUGGUGGUGGAAGGCCAAUAGAGUUUUCAAUGAGUUAGAAGUUACUAGAAAUCACACAGGUCUGGUGUUGUUCCUUGAGGAAGAUCAUUACGUGGCUGAAGACUUUCUUCACGUUUUGCGACAGAUGCAGAUAUCGUGCAGUACAGCUUGCCCACAGUGUAAUAUACUAUCACUUGGAACCUACCUCAAGACUUACAAUUAUUAUGGUGACAACAAAAAGGCUGAAGUAACCCCUUGGGUCAGCUCCAAACACAACAUGGGAAUGGCAUUUAACAGAUCAGUUUGGGUCCAAUUGCACAAGUGUGCGAAACACUUCUGCUCUUACGAUGAUUACAACUGGGACUGGAGUCUGCAGCAAGUGUCGCAGCAAUGUUUGAAAUCAAAGUUGAUGGCCCUGGUGAUGAGAGGCCCUAGAGUAUUUCAUAUUGGAGAGUGGUGA